UGUUUAGUUUACCUUAUUCCGUUUAGCUCAAAAACACUUGUCACGAUUCCUUUGAAGUAGAAAAUUUGGAUGUUUUAUUUGGGAAAUCCCUAAAAAGUACACCAAAGAUGUCUAGCAUUAAGAAUGGUCAAUAUUAUGUGCUCAUUUCGUCGAGUAACAAGUCACGGAAGUUGCUGCGAGUAUUUCCAACCUUGACAACAAGUCGCAUUCUAACCGCUGCGGAAGAGUUUGGAAUCUUUGGCAGAUACUUGGUCAGUGCCGAGGAAAAUGUUAUUAUAGCCGAUGCCCUGGCCCUGCAUCAUUACAUUCAGCAGGGUCAUACGAUUAUGGUGGUCGAUACCCUGGAUGAUCAUAUCGUGAAGUACAUUAAGCUGGAGGAAAUCGGGGAAAGUGAGACCGAUGAUGAGGUGACAUCUUCUCAGGCGGCCACGGACCAGCAAUUGCUUCAGUUAAAGCUCAUCUCAUCGCAGCUGGGUGAUGUCAAGUGCUCCCUCAACGAGUUCAUCCAUCACUUUGGCCCCUCAACUAGGGAUAAGAUGAAGUCAUUCCAAUCAUCCAUCUAAAUUCCAUAUAAUUUGUUUCGAAAAUGAAAUAUAUUUUUAAAUCAUUUGAAUAA